CCUUGCGGCGGCUCGGAGCCCGGGGGCGGCCUGUGGCGCGAGGAGCCCGCGCUCGACUGCGCCCCGGGAGCCAGAGGGAAACAUGCCUUGGGCGCGGAGUGUUGGAGAUUCUUAGUUUGGGGUCCCCGCUCGCCUGCUUUUUCCACCCCGCGGAUUUCCUGAGGUUCCCCCCCCUUUUUUUCCUUUUCUCCUCUCCGGGUUCUUCUUUGACUCCCUCCCCCUUUAUGUUCGCCCAGCCCUCCCCACGCUGCUGAGACGUGGGGGAGGGUCUCGGCCUCCAGGUUCCCGCCCCACCUGGGCCCGGGCGAACAUGGGGGGCAAGCAGAGCACAGCGGCCCGCUCCCGGGGCCCCUUCCCGGGGGUCUCCACCGACGACAGCGCCGUGCCACCGCCGGGAGGGGCGCCCCACUUUGGGCACUACCGGACGGGCGGCGGGGCGAUGGGGCUGCGCAGCCGCUCGGUCAGCUCGGUGGCGGGCAUGGGCAUGGACCCCAGCACGGCCGCAGGGGUGCCCUUUGGGCUCUACACCCCCGCCUCCCGCGGGGCCGGCGACUCGGAGAGGGCGCCCGGCGGCGGAGGGUCGGCGUCCGACUCCACCUAUGCCCACGGCAAUGGUUACCAGGAGACCGGCGGCGGUCACCAUAGAGACGGGAUGCUGUACUUGGGCUCCCGAGCCUCGCUGGCGGAUGCUCUACCUCUGCACAUCGCACCCAGGUGGUUCAGCUCCCACAGUGGUUUCAAGUGCCCCAUUUGCUCCAAGUCUGUGGCUUCUGAUGAGAUGGAAAUGCACUUUAUAAUGUGUUUGAGCAAACCUCGCCUCUCCUACAAUGAUGACGUGCUGACUAAAGAUGCGGGUGAGUGUGUGAUCUGCCUGGAGGAGCUGCUUCAGGGGGACACGAUAGCCAGGCUGCCCUGCCUGUGCAUCUAUCACAAAAGCUGCAUAGACUCGUGGUUUGAAGUGAACAGAUCUUGUCCAGAACACCCUGCUGACUGACCCUGCUGGGCUUGCUUGUCAACUCCUCUCAAAGGGACAGACAGCCCCUCUUCCUGGAAGGAGGCUCCUCGGACACUGGACAGAGCUGAGCUUGGGACACCAGAGGGAACAGGGCACCCCUUCUGCACUGACUUCCAGAAAAUGGUCCUCCCUUCUCCCUGAGGACACCCAGCUGAAUGAAAGCAAGUCUGAGAGCAAAGUGAACUGACCGCUAUCCUUCCCCUCACCCUCAACCCAGGAGGGAAAGGGCAUUUUCUUUUUCACCUUUGAAAGGCGUUGUGGGUCUGUCUUUAAAGUGUUUACAACAACAAAAAAAUUAUAUAUAAAAAAAAAGUCUAGUGUCGACUGGUGUUUUCCCUCGUGAUGUUUACAGAUUGCUGUUCGCUGCCCAGCUAUAACCCACUCAGUGACAGAACCAAGCAUAGCCAUGCCCUCACCGCUAGCGCUCUGCCAGCCAGCGGACACACGGUCCCAUCUUUGCCCAACACCCCAGUUGGCUCUCUGUCACAACCUUUCUACCUUGGGAGUUUGUUUUUUGUUUUCUUGUUUCUUUUUGUUGUUUUUCCAUUUUUCUGGCUUGGUUUUGCACUUUUCUCCCCUUAGGACCCUGAUAUCUUGAUUUCAUUGCCAAAAAAGAAGAGCCGGUGGAGGACACACCCCACUCCCAUGUCCCCCUUCCUUUCUCCUGGUUCUGGUCAGUGCAGAGGAUUUAACAAUCACAAGUGUACUGCAAAAAUGCCUGAACAUUUUUCUUAAGCCCUUGUGGAUUUUCUUUUUCCUGAGAAAACUUAAACAGACUUACUAAAAGAAUAUGUACUGCUACCCUGUUUUCAGGUACACUGGCAACAUUGUAGUCAUCGAUGUCCACAGGUGACAUCAGCCCAUGGAAAAUAGGUUUCUGUAUUUAUAUAGUAAAUUACGGAAAAAAAAAAAAAAACCUUACAAAGUGUUUAAAAAAAAUGUUCAAAGCUUGGGAGAAAAA